AUGCUCCAGCGCACUGCGAUCAAGCUCAUCGACGCGCCGACGCCGACGCCCCUUUCGGUCGGCGUGGCGGCGGCGGCGCUGCUGGCCUCGUACGUCGUCUACAACCUCUACUUGCACCCGCUCGCCAGCCUGCCCGGCCCGUUUAUCUCGCGCAGCGGCCUCUUUUCCUUUCUGCUGCUGCGCGCGCUCAAGAAGGACUACAUCCCCGCCACCAAGGCGCUGCUCGAGCGCUACCCGGACGCGCGCCACAUCCGCGUCUACGGCCUCAAGACGCGGUUCACCAAGACCGACUUUUACGGCUUCAUGAGGCCCGGCGACGACGAUGCGCCGCCGGCUAUGCCAUGA